GCCAUGUCGCACUGCAGGAACCAACAGGUUACGUUAACUAUAUCAGCUUUAUUGGAACUGAUACGAAUCGCAAGUUGACUGCUGUCGGAAACUCACUUAGUGGAAGCGGGCGCUGGCCUAAUGAAUACAUAAAUACAAGAUGACGGCACACUAACAGUUUUUUUUUAAGUUUGCUUGUUUUCAAGGAUACCUGGAUGCCGUUGACGUUUGUGUUACUAUGUAGUUACAGUAGCCACAGUGCUACGAUAGAUCAACGGUGUUAGCGAAUGAAGUUGAGGCAGGACAGAUAGUGAGUGACUCGAUGAUAUGUAUUCCAAGUAGGUACCCCACUUUCAGCACUAUAGUGUCGUAGGCUUAGUUUAUAUACCUAAGUGCUUAAUUUAUUCGGCACUUCGGUGGAUUCUUAUGUUGGCGUUCCAUAGUACGCUUCAUAGCCUGCUAUCAUAUUUGUAUUUUUGGCUUGAUAGAGAUCAGAGGCCUAGCUAGGAUUAUUCCCGCUAGAUUUUAACCACACCCCCCCCCCCCCCCCCCCCCCCCCCCCCCCCCACCCCCACCCCCCCCCUUUCGGCACUUCGGUGGAUUUUUAUGUUGGCGUUCCAUAGUACGCUUUAUAGCCUGCUAUCAUAUUUGUAUUUUUGGCUUGAUAGAGAUCAGAGGCCUAGCUAGGAUUAUUCCCGCUAGAUUUUAACCCCCCCCCCCCCCCCCCUUUCUUCUGCAAAUGGCCUAAAGUGCAUCCCCUUCAUUUAAAGAAAAAUGUCCACCCGGGGCGGUACGACCCUUCUAUACCCUCUUUAACAAAACACAUUACCUAGAAAACUUUUGGACUGACCUGUCGAGGACAGUGGCGUAGAAAGAAGGAGGGUCGUCAAAAUAGACACUUGUCUCAUACAGGAGUCGGGGACAUCAUUUGGGUAGGGCUGAGGUGGGUAGGGCUGAGGGUAUUGCCCCUCCCUGAAUACGCAGGCUUUAUUUUAAUGGCUAUGUACUAUGGCGCCUCCAGUAAUAAACAAAAAACUAAGCGAGCCGGCCAAGUUCUGGCCCCCCCCCCCCCCCCCCCCCAAAACAACCUACUUUCGUGAUGUCCAUCGGCUCCAUACUAGUCAAAAAUUUUGCCACUAAUACUAGGGGGUUCAACAUAUAUAGAGAGGACUGCAAUGAUGAGCUAUUGAAUGACAUGUUAAAUCAAAAAAAAAAAAAAUAAGAGCUGGUUAUUCUAUACACACUACAUUGCUGCUAAUGGUUACUUAAAGCCUUUCAUUAUACUAUUCACGAUCCAUAUUUAAUCUCUACUUAAACUCUUCACAGAUCCACAAAAAAAUCUGGCUGCUCGCGACGGCAAACCCCGGUUCAGGUCGCCAUAGUUAUCAUGUUCUUCAUCUCCGUCUUCGCCAACAUCGGCAUCCUCUUGACGACCCACGCCAAAGACAAAAUCCCGGACGACUACGACUACGACAUGCCACCGGAACAACGGGAAGCACGUGACACGCCUGGGAAAACCAUGGACCUCUCGGAGCUCGGUGCCGCCAUCACCGGCAACCAAAGUGCCUCCAAGCAAGACUUCAUCAAGGCGAUGGUCGCGUGCAUCAGGGAGAAGAUGCAGAAAAAAGGCAAGUCGGAUGACCAGACUGGGGAAAUGUCCAAAGUUGUACUACCCUCAUACGAUAACAUGUUCCUCCAACCCUCCGCCAUCGACUCUGACGUUUUGUCGUCGAUGAACUGGACGCUGGACCGAGAACUCCAGCAGCAAGUUUCUGUGUUCAAAUUCCUGUCCGAACCCGCAAUAAGGAAGCACGACUUCCCUUACAUUCACAACCCGAAAGAGGAAUGCGCCAGGCGGAAAAUCGACCUCGUGCUCGCGGUGUCGUCUGCCCCGGAAAACUUUGAGUUUCGGAUGAAGACCAGGGAAGGGCUGAAAGGCUCUUACGCGCACGAGCGAAGCAACAACGCGACGCUGUUAUUUUUCAUCGGAAGGUCCAACCACCACAACAAGUCGAAGCGAUUUCAAGUAGAGAUCAACAUGGAGAUGAGGAGGUUCGGCGACAUUGUGCAGGAAGAUUUUGUGGAUUCGUACAGGAACCUGACGUUGAAAACCAUCUCGGUGUUGAAGUGGGUCAGCACCUUCUGUACCAGAACCGCGUACGUCAUUAAAUCGGACGAUGACGUCGGGAUCAAGGUGGCCUACGCUGUGGCGGCACUGCAGCGCUACCAAAAGCGGUUCGGGAAUUUUUUACUCGGCAGGUGGAAUACGAUGAACAUCGUCAUGCGGAAUAAACAGGCCAAAAACUAUGUCUCCGUAGAGGAGUAUCCUCACCCUACAUUUCCACCGCACGUUCUCGGGGGUGCCAUGGGGUUCCCCGUGAGCACAGCUAAACUCCUCUUCCAGGCUAGUUUGAGAAUCCCCCCGGCUGGACUGGAAGAUGUUUACAUCAGUGGAGUGUGCGCCCCUCGGGUCGGAGUCCCCGUGUUCAUGGAUGCGGACUUCGAUUUCAAGCAUAAACAAUGGACGUGAUCAUUGAUAGUGAUAGACACUUCAUUCAAUAUGGAUGCGACUGACACUCUUCAUUAAAUUUGGACAUGAUUGACACUCUUCAUUCAAUGUGGACGUGACUGACACUCUUCAUUCAAUGUGGAAAAGAUAGACACUCUUCAUUCCCUUCUAGAAUCGACUAGAAUCGGUAGACAUUUCGGCGGAAAUGUUAAUUUUUGCUUAGCAAACCGAACUGUGACCAGGUUGUUGGCACCGUCAUCUCUAUCACAAAAUGUUUAGUUUUGUUUUUUCCAAAUUCCUACUGGUCGUUUUUUUUUUUUGUUUUUUUUUCCCACCACUUGCUAGACUUACUCGUGUAGAUGUGUAGAAACUGUUGAGAUUCUAGCACAGAAAGCCGACGUUUAAGGCUACCCCCAAGUUGACUGCUGUCUUUCCGGGACAACUUUGUGUUUCAAGUUUUGUGUACGGUACUCAGGAGUUACUUACUCCUCCCCAAAACACUGAUCCUGUACAUAAAUAUGUAUGAGGGGAAAUAACUCAUUCCAUCUAUACUUAAUUAAUAGGGUGAGGGUGAAUAACAAUUUACAUCUAAUUCAUCUAUCUGUAUAUUAUGGGCAGUACAUCUACCUGUAUAUUAUGGGCAGUACAUCUACCUGUAUAUUAUGGGCAGUACAUCUACCUGUAUAUUAUGGGCAGUACAUCUACCUGUAUAUUAUGGGCAGUACAUCUACCUGUAUA